AUGGCUAUAGUUGGAGAGCCUUGUCCAACCAACGACGAAGCGAUGGAUGAAAAUAGAACUGGAGGGGUUCAGAUAGCUUCGCGUGCGCAGAAUUUGGAUUCGGAUUUGCAUCUAGAUUCGGCUUCGGAUUCAGUCUCAGAUGAUGAAAAUGGGGACGAUGGAGAUGAGGAAGACGCUUUGAUAUCGAAUGGGGCCGAGCAAGAAAUGAUGCAGAAGGAAAUGAACUUGAAUAAAACACAAGCUUGGGCUCUUUAUCUGAGUCAUUUUUUAUCCACCUGGAACGGAAGGAGUUAUGAAUUCGCGGCUAUUAUCUUCACGGCAAAUGCAUGGCCUGACACAUUGGUUGCUGCUUCUAUUCGUGGUAUUGUGAGGACUUUAGCAUCUAUCUGUCUCUCCUCGAGUGUAGGGAGAUGGGUUGAUAAGAGUCCAGACCGACUGAAGACUCUUUUGACCACGAUUACGAUCAAUAGGAUUGCAGUGAUUUGCGCUUCAAUAUUAUGGCUUUUUGUGGUUGAAUCGGAGAACAAUCCUGAAAAUGGUAUACCUUUACUUCAGUCUAGGAAAGCCGAUGUUACAUUCAGAGAUACCAUGAAAUUUGUUUUGUUUAUACCAAUUCUUGGAUUUGGUAUUUUGGAAGGAUUAAGCGCGAAUGGAAAUAUGCUAUCAAUGGAAAGAGAUUGGGUGGUUGUUGCUGCAGCACCAGAAGGGAAUCAAUAUGAUCUUACGCAUUUAAAUUCUUCGAUGAGAAGGAUCGAUUUGAGUUGUAAACUCCUCGCACCUAUAUUAGUCUCACUCCUAAUCUCGAGACUGGAAAUCAAAAUUGGGGUGGUUGUUGUAGGUGGGAUGAGUGCUGCGAGUUGGGGAUUGGAAAUGUGGUCUGCGAGGAGAGUAUGGAAAUCUAACACUCGAUUACAACAAAAGAAAGAGGCUAGAAAUGAUGAAGUAUUAUCGGAUGUCGAGGUGCUAAGUGUGAGGGAGAAAUUCAUGCGAGGACUUCGUUUGCACAAGGAAGACUUUAGGAAUUAUUUUUCGUCCAAAGUUUGGAUUCCUUCAAUGUCGCUCUCUGUACUCCAUUUUUCUGCACUUUCGUACGGUGCCACGUUUAUCACUUUUUUGCUCAAUGCGGGAUUUUCGUUGGAUCUUAUUACACUUGGUCGAACAGCGGGAAGUGUGGUGGAAAUUAGUAGCACGGUCGUAACACCCUUUGGAGUUCGACAACUUUCAAAGGCCCACGGACAUGGUCCAUAUGAUCGUUUACACGGAUCUAAUGAUUCGGAUGAAGGUUUAUUACAGGGAGAAGGCGAAAUCGAUGAAUCGGGAAGAAUCACUACUGGAUUGGAACGAUUAGGUCUUUGGGGUCUUACAUGGCAAUUCAUCAAUCUCAUUCCCGUAACUCUUAUCCUCUGGAUCCUCUCCACUUCCACCUCUAUCCCCAGCACUCCCCUUCUCUCCCGCAUCAUUCCUCCCCUCGCCCCCAAUUCUCCCAUUCUCGCUCUCUUCCUUUUCGCUACGCUCUCUCUCUCCCGUCUCGGUCUCUGGAUCUUCGAUCUUACCAGUCAACAACUAAGCCAAACCCUCAGUGUACCUACUCAGCGCUCCUCCUUUGCCGGCUGCGAAUACUCCCUCGUAGCACUAUUUGAAUUGGGAAAUUAUGUGAUGGCGAUUAUUUGGUCGAGACAAGAUCAAUUUAGGUGGGUGGUCCUGGUGAGUUUGAUGGCGGUGGGUGGGAGUAUGAUAGUUUAUGCGGGGUGGGUGAGGAGGGUGAGGGGUCAUUUGGUGCAUUGGGAGAAGGUGGGGAGGUGUGGGGGAAAAUGUGGUGGAGGAUAG